GCACCUUCCUCACCACCUCCCCCCUAUCACAUUCUCCUCCUCUGCGGCCUAUCAAAACUCUUCCCAUGGAGUUUUUUGGGCUCUUCAUGUUUGCGCUUCUCACCACUUUUAAAGCAGCCAAUGCAGACGCUAGCUACAGCAGUGGCUGGACAAAUGCUCAUGCAACCUUCUAUGGUGGUAGUGAUGCUUCUGGAACAAUGGGAGGUGCUUGUGGCUACGGAAAUCUAUACAGCCAAGGGUACGGGACGAACACGGCGGCGCUGAGCACUGCUCUAUUCAACAGCGGGCAGAGCUGCGGGGCGUGCUUCGAGAUAACGUGCGCCGGCGGCAGCAGCUGGUGUCUGUCGGGGUCGAUCAUCGUCACCGCCACCAACUUCUGCCCCCCCAACUACGCCCUCGCGAACGACGACGGCGGGUGGUGCAACCCCCCCCUGCAGCACUUCGAUCUCUCACAGCCCGUCUUCCAGCAGAUCGCGCAGUAUCGCGCCGGCAUCGUCCCCGUCCAAUACAGAAGGGUGUCAUGCGUAAAGCCCGGAGGGAUCCGGUUCACGAUCAACGGGCACGACUACUUCAAUCUGGUGCUGAUCACGAACGUAGGGGGGGCGGGGGACGUGGCGUCGGUGUCGAUCAAGGGGUCGAGCACCGGCUGGCAGGCGAUGAGCCGGAACUGGGGCGCGAACUGGCAGAGCAACAGCUACCUGACUGGACAAGCCCUCUCCUUCAUGGUGACCACCAGCGACGGCCGGACCGUCACGUCAAUGGACGCCGCCCCCGCAGGCUGGAGCUUCGGGCAGACCUUCUCCGGAGGGCAAUUCUGAGUGUCAGUGACUCGGAGUGCUAGUCUGACGGAUGCGCAAAAGUAUACUGCGUUGUCGCGAAUUUGGGGCUUCUCUUUUCGAAUUAGCCCUGGAUGAUGGUAGUUUCUUUUUUCUUUUUCUUUUUUUCUUUGCGAUUUGCGAGGAGAGAGGGCUGAGGUGAGCACAAUGCCGGUCACCCGCCGAUGAAUGACUCUCGUUCCGUUUACUUCUCUGUAAAAUCUAAGUGAUCGUUGUAAUCGGCUUUCUAGCUGAAAUAUUUCGUGAGAACUAAUAGAGAUAUAUUUUUUUAGAAA